AUGAAGUGUGGAACGCUGCAAAAACCCCCAGUUUGCCUUGCUGUGUCAUUUGCUGUCUGCUCCGCCGCCUUUGCUGCUCCUCGUUUGCCUGUGUGCAUGACGGCCGCCCGCCUGCUGCGCUCGUGCGUUGAGACCCUCGUGGACUUCGUGCUCGCGCCAGUAUUCUGUUUGAUUCUGCUUCCAUUCUCCGUCCUCGUAUUCUCGCCUUUUAUCGCGCUCGGCCUCUGCAGCUCCGACGCUGCUGUCGGCGUGCCUCCCGCCCUCCUCGCCUGGCGUCGCCUUCCAUAUCUGAUUCCGAUGGUGCUCUUCGUCGACCUGCCGAUUGCUGUCUUGUUUUCCGCGGCACAACUGAUCGAGGGUCUCUUCCUCCGGAACUCCCUCACCCUCGCCGUCCACAGCCUCUGCCGACGCGCCUCACAGCUCCCGAACCGCGAGCCGACGCUCCCCGACGCCGAGGCCGGUCUUCGCGCUCGCGAGCGGCCGCGCUCAAACACCAUCGACGGCGCCCGCUACCGCGAGCAUGCCCCCGUCUGGGCUGCCCUCGAGGGCGACGGCGACAAGGUCCGGCCAGGAGAUGUGCGGCUGAUCAGUCUGAACUGGCUCAUGGAGCUGGCAGAGCGGGGCGACGUGCUCCCGCGGCGGCAGGACCUGCCAGAGGAGGCCUUCUUGAGCUCUGCUCAGCUGAGGCGGAUCGAGCAAGGCGCCAGGCGCGGCUUUGACCUCGCCGGCAUGGAGGAGGCCAUAGAGCGCUUCACCAAGGAGCCCUCCCUCUCGUCCUUUCUCGCCUUUUUAGCGAGCUUUUUCGGCCGCAAGCGCAACCCCGACGGGCUGCUCCCGAUCAUCUCCGUCUCCUAUUGCUGGCUCGAGGCGGCGCAUCCAGAUCGAGAGGGCCGCCAGCUCCAGCUGCUCUGCCGCAAGCUGCGGGGCCUCUACGGCGGGCGCGGCCUGCUCGGCGCGUGCCGCGACUACGGCUUCUCGGACAUGGGCGUGUUCCUCGACUGGUGCUCGGGCUACCAGAAGGACCCGGCGCUGUGGCGGGAGUGGAUGUCAGCGGCGUACGAGGCGAUGCCGGAAGGGGCGCUGUACGUGAGCAGCGAUUCCGCACUCGCACGAAUGGCCGGUGGCGAGCGGAUGGUCGCCGAGCGGCGCGCGUAUGAGGCUAGCCGGUCGGUCGAGCAGAAGGCCGCUUUCGGUCGCAUGCUGGAAAACACGAUGGACCUCUGGUACGCGCACGCCUCGGUCACGGUUGUGCUGCUCACGCAGCUGCCGGACGAGCUGCCCGCCGGCUUUGACCGGAGCCGGACCUACGACACUCGCGGCUGGACGACAUUCGAGCGGUGCUCGGCAGAGCUGGGCGCAAAGCCCUCCUCGUUGGGCUUUGCCAAGUGGAAGCUCGUCAUCGACGUCGCUAGCGACGACGGCGGCGCUCAGCGGCGGCUCCCCGCGACUCCGGAGCGCAUGGCGACGCUGCUCGCCGCUUGCCGCUUCACCAACGGCGCGGACUCGGCGGCCGUGCAGGCGCUCUACGAAAAGACGGCGAAAGCAGUGCUGGGCACGGUCGAGAAGCUCUACUACAACGGGCUGCCGCUCGUGCGUGGCGACGCGUGGACUAGCCCGGCGCUGCUGGCGGAGGCGCUGAACCAUUGCGAGAGCCUCCGGUCCCUCGUCCUACUUGGGACACGCCUCGACGACGAGGGCGUGGCGGAGCUUGCGGCGGGGCUCGAGGACGGCGCGCUCCCGGCGCUUGAGAACCUCAUGGUAGGGUUCAACCGCUUCGGCGCGCGCGGCGUCGGCUCGCUCUGCGGCGUGUUCCAUCGCGGCGUGGCGCCGGCGCUGCAGACACUCAACGUCGGUCUCACGCCUAUUGGCGACGAGGGGGCAGUGGCGCUAGCUGCGGCGCUGGCGACGGGCACGCCGUCGCAUGGGCUGAGCUUGGGGUGCUGCGACGUGGACGACGAGGGCGCGAUGGCACUCGCGGCUGCCCUCCCGGCCGCGGGUCAGGGAUGUCGCGUGAUCGCCACGUGGAAUCGGAUCGGCCUCGCGGGCCAGGCGGCACUGCUAGAUGCACUCGAGGCAAAGCACGGGCCGCAGCCGGGGCAUGGCAUAGCGGUGCAGCAGAUGAACUUGCUUCCCUGGUCGUGCCCGCUCAUUCGCGCUUGGGGACGAGGCGGGCGCCGUGUGGCCGAGAGCGGCCGAGUCACCAUAUACGGAUGA